AUAAACUCAAUGGGACUGUCUAUUUUUAACCUCCUGUUUUUUCCAUGUGGUGGUCGUGCUGACCGGGUUUCCCCCUUGAAGAUUCUGCCUAUCUUUUCUUAUUAUCAUUGGAAACAUUCAAGCAGGGCUGCUGGGGAGUUUAUACAUCAUAUAUUUUGUGUUUAACUUUGUUUUUAACGAGCCAUGGAGGAAAGGGAUGAUAAUGUGCAACUUUCAACCACUACAGUAAGUUCUGUAGCCAUUCAAGCUGGGGAUUCCAGGAUUGUCAUAUCGGUUUUAAAGUGUGGAAAACUGGUAGAACUCCAAUUGGCUGAGGCAAUACCUAAUUUAUUUGAGAUUGGAACUAGUCAAGAUGAAACCAAAAAACUGCUUGAAGAUCAUGAAAUGCUGCUUGGAAAACUGAAGUCUUUAGAAGAUCAUGUGUGGGAUCUGUUAAAUGAAGCAGACAAGACAGCUGAGGAAAACAAAGAUCAAAGUCAAGUGUAUGAUGCCAUGGCAGCGACCCUUAAAGAUGCCUGGGAUUCCCUCCUCAGUGUACUGGAGAACAGAAGAGCUCUCCUACGCUUGGCAUCAGAGUUCUUUGGAAUUGCGCAAGAGUUUGCCUCUGCAAUUGACCAAGCACAGGAUUUCCUUAACAGUACAGUGGAUCUAAACACUGUAGAAUCUAUAACAGAACACCUUCAUCAGCUAAAAAGGAAUACAAAGGCUCUUCUAGAGAGGUCGCUGGCUUUACUAAAUAAAAGCCACAAACUGACUGAAUUAAUUGAAUUAUUCAAAUCUAAUCAGCCAGUUGCAAACUCAGAGAUGAUUCACAGAGCCCGUAGCAGCUGCCUGAGAAUUGACAAUCUCAUGGAGAUGCUGCAAGACAGGAGGAGGCAGCUGGAUAAGCAUCUGAGGCAACAACAUUUAAGGAUGGACAAGGCCUUGCAAGUUAGAAAGUGGCAGCAACAGGAGGGAAAGGUUACGAACUGGCUGAGAAAUCAAAUAGAGGUAUACUUGAAGGAUGACCAACUAGGUGCAUCGCUGACCGAAAAUGAAGAACUACUUCACAAACAUAAACAAUUCGUAAUCAUUGCCAAGGAAUGGACUUCUAUUUUUGAGAAAUUAAAAACGGAAGCAGCCAAGUUAAAUUUACUAGAAGACAGUGAAGAAAAAGAGAAACAGCAAAAUUUUAUUCAGAAUCUGAUCAUUCUACACACUGAAUUUUGUGAAUUGAUGGAUAAAAGACAAGCCAGGUUACAGGAAGCAAAUGACUUUUUUAGAAGUGUUAAUAAGGCUUUUGACAAACUGGGGAACAUUGAAACCUAUUUAAGACACUUGAAAACACAAGACCUGAGUUUGCCUCUAUUAUCACAAAAGCAAAGUGAAGCUGAAGCAGAAAUGAAUAAUUGCACUUCGGAUGCCUUUCUCAAGGGACAGGCUUUGAUCAAGAAAUCUUCUUUCAACUCUGGAAUGACUGGAGUUCAGGAAAUUAUUGGAUACCUUCAGCAAAGAGUAGAUCAACUAACGGAUCAUGGCUCCACGUCUAUGGAACAUACACUAAGAAAACCACAGAUUGACACGUCAGUAGAAGAUCAUUUUGAGAAGGUGAUGCUGUUGAUUCAGAAAAUAAGUGCUGAUGUGGAAAGGUGUAACAAUCCAGGCUGGAGUCUAGAUGAUUGUCAAGAUGUGCUUAACAGACUUGUGGAUUUGACUAAUCAGACAAAGGACGCAACAAAAUACUUGAAAUCAACUGCCCAAAUUUUUAAAGAGGGGGUAGGCAUGGACUCAUCUGACACUGACGUGUGUAGAAGUAAAGCUUGUCUCUUGGAUGAAAAACUGAAAACUCUUGAUCGAAGUAUAGAAGAAAAAUUGGAGGUUUUAAAUUCAUAUAUAUCGUUCUUAAAGUCAUCUGAUGAGCUGAAACCUCGAAUCCAGAGUCUAAAGAAACUGUGUGCAUCCAGCCCAGAAGAAAUGACUGAAGUAGAUAUGAAGGCAAUGUUAGAGUCAGCAGAUGUACAGUUACAGCACGUGCUUAAUGACCUGUUCUCGGUUCAGGAUAUGGGGCAGAAUUGCCUGAACAUCAUUAAAAUGAUGGACAAGAACAUAAUCUUAAAGGAAAUGCAUGUUGAAACAGUGGAAAGUACCAUAGACUAUCUCAAUAAGCAAAAGACAGAGCUUUCGCAUCUUUGCUCAGUUUGGCAACUACAUGCAAAGCAGGUGAAUUCCACAAAACAACAUUGGAGAACAAUUAAAGAACAGAUGAAAUCGGCUUCUAACAGAUUACAAGAAUUGGAGAAGGAUUUACAGCCAUUAUCAUCUUUGAGCCUAGAUAAAGAAUUCCAAAAUAUUUUAAAUGCCCAAGAAACCUUGAAAAAUGUUAAAGCGAAAUUUCAGCAUUACCAUGCCGAUAUUGAAUAUGCUGUAAAGAUAUCCGAUCUUCUCAACCGGGAAGGAACAACUGUAAAAGAAAAAUCGGAGAACCAAAGUGAUCUUGUUCAGCACUAUCAGAAAGUGAUUGUUAGCAUUAAAGAAUAUGAGGACAUUCUAAUCAAGAUAUUGGCAUUUUAUCAAGUGAAGACAGAACUGGAAAACCUUAAAUCAUCCACUGCAGCAGAUUACUUCAAUGCAUCUAAAAUCUACCUCCAAAAAACUCCUGAUCAGACAGCACAUAUUCAAAAUCUAUAUAAACUGAUUCUGACUUUGGGAAUGGAGAUCGUUACUACCAUACAUCACUCUACAUGUCUUAAUAUUCCUCUGAAAGAUCUUCAGCAGCAACUUGAUAAGCUGGAACACGAAGGCAUAUGUUGGAAUUCCAGUGUGGUGAAGCAGGAGGAGAACCUUUUAGGAAACGUAUACACUUGCCCAACUAAAGAAGAUGUAAAUGAGUUGAAAGAAUCAUUUAAAGAUUUGAAGAAAAAGUUUAAUAACCUGAAAUUCAACUAUACAAAGAAAGCUGAAAAAGGCCGAAAUCUCAAAGCAAUUACAAAUCAGAUUCAACAAAUUGAAAUGUUUGUGGAAAAAUAUCAGAUUCUAAGGAAAAAGGUUGCUAAUUUGGAGAACAAGAUACAAACAUCUAUAAUAUCUCAGCAAGUCAGUAAAGCAGAUGAUGUUCAGGAAGCAAUUGGUGAUUUACAGAAACAAGUUAAUGAUUUCAACACAGUUGUGGAAGCAUACAAACAGAAUCUAACAAUGGCUGAAAAUCUGCAGCAUCUAACUGAAGAGAGUCAGUUUUGGUGUGAAGAAGCAUGUUCUACAGUUGUCAGAGUUGGACGUUAUUCUGCAGAAUGUAAAACAAAAGAAUCUGUAGAGGUUCUCCUUAAACAGUUCAACAAGUUUGUACAACCUACAGUCUCACAACAAGAAGAGAGAAUCCAGCAAAUAACCAGCAUUGCUAAAAGUGUUUAUGGUCCUGAUGAAGGUUUGAAGUACGUUGAGAAGACCGUAACAAAACAUAAAGAAACACUCCAGUCUGUGGAUGAAUUGUGCACUUAUCUGAAGGAACUAGAAGAAAAGCUUGAGGAGCCACAAAAGUUUCCUGAGAUUUCCAUAAGUGAUCCAUCUGGAGAAGCUAUUAUACCUGAGCCUACAGAUCUACUAUCCUGUGCUAAAGACGGCAGCGUACUGACCGAUGCAGAGUUGCAGCCAGACUCACUAGCAGAGGACGCAGUUUCUGGUGAUGAAUAUGAAUGCAUAUCCCCCGAUGACAUCUCUUUGCCUCCGCUUGCUGAAACUCCUGAAUCCAACCUGCUUCAGUCUGAAACCGAGCAGGAUGAACAGCAUUGCUACAGCUCUCAUGGUCUGCAUGUCAGCUCGUACAGCUUGCAAAUGCAGAUAAACACAAGUGCUAAAAGGGGUGUGGAUGGAACUGAGCUCUUAACACCAGUUUCUUUGGCUGACACAUCAAAUCACAAAAGAGAAAGAACUUCUAGUUAUAUUGAGAGAUUCUGUUCUCCUACUGUUGGCUAUAAAGUAGAAUCGCCCUUUGUUCACCAUCCAACUCAAGUACAAAAAGGGGCAGAAACAUCCUACAGAUGAUUCCGUAGGCGAUUUUGAACAGGAAGCAAAGCAUACUGUAGUCACUCAAGACCUGUACAGAAGAGAUCUUGGUCAGUUUGUUGCUCAGACUUCAUUACAGAAUGGCACUGUAUUUUGCAGUGAUGAUGAGCGCUUGAAAGUUAACAGGUUGUCUAUGUCAAGCGUAGACUGGAUAACUUUGAUUAUCAUCUAUAUGUUUGUAUCUCUAGUGUAUUCGCUGUUUAUAGACUAAAUACUGAUGAUUUAAAUACACAAAAUACUGAGGUGUCGACUGGACCCCCUUUAUCCACUGACUGGCUUUGGAAUCUGGACCUACAGUAUAUGCCUGAAGUGUCUUGAUAUAUAUUAUAUAAUAUAUAUAUAGAUAUCUGUACUGUGAAAUGAUCAGAGAGUGCAAGCCUGUGUUUGUUUCUGCAUUAAUAAUUGCUAGCACCCUGGCAUUUGUUUGAUGAAGUGAGAGUGCACAUCCUUCUAACCUAUAUAUAUAUCUAUCAGAAAAGAACAUAAUUUAUCCUAUUUGUGCCUAUCUCAAAUGUAAGAUUAUUUACUUACACAUUAUUGCUUGUUAGUUUUAAACUAAACAAUAGUUACAUUUAUGCUAAUAAUCACAUGUAAUGCUGCCUUCGAAUGUAAAUCAAAAUCUCUGGUUUUGAAUGAAAUAGAGAUUUGCAAAGCAAUAUGAGAAAAUUAAAGCCUGCAUUAAUUUUAAUGGGCUGCUGCUGCAAGGACAAAAUUGCGCCACAAAAGGAUUUACCGCAGAUCUGACAUGAAGUCAUUAAUUCAUAUAGCGUUAAUGGCGAGGCACUGCAGUAUAAAUUUGCAGGUAAAGUAAUUAAAGUACAUAUUAUAUUUUGUCUUUAUCCCAACUUGUUUUAUGUCCCUUUUAGUAGAUUUACCUAAUAUCAGACACCUGUAUGUAUCCCAUUAGGACUGCAAUCUUUGUGCUGCUUACAGACCCUUCCUGGAUCUUGCCUAUAGAAAGGCAAAAUAGUUUGUACACUCGAAUUACAAAAACAAUCUACAUACCUUAAUUAAAAAAUACUUUAUUGCUAAAAAACAUGCUAAUCAUCUGAACCUUU